UUCCUUCCUACAUUAUUUAACGCUAAGAAUCUGUGGAUUUGAUUCUUGUUUCUUAGGAUAUGUGAGCUCUUCUUUCUAGCAAAGCUUAGCCAAGGCAUUCGAGAAAGAAGAGGAUGUUAUGCUCCUGGAGAACUUCUAAUAGAACUGUUUGCGUAAUUCCUUUGCAUGUUCUUUUUAGUUACUAUGCAGUGUUGGUUCCUAAGAAAUACCAAGUAGUUUGAGAAAUGUUUGUUGCCAACGGAUCUGUAUGAAUAGUAGAACAUAUUUAGAAAUUUUGAUUUGCUCAGAAUUCAAUGAGCCAUGAAAGACAUACUCUCUGCUAGGGUUUUGAGUUAUGAGGCAAGCCCAGUACAAAUUAAGGCAUUCUAAUGAGGCUGGAGACAUGGUACAUUAACCACAGCUAGUAAAAUUUGGACUUUCAUAUGCUUAUAACUUUCAUAUUCCAAUUAACUUCUGCAGUAAACAUAUUAGCAUUAGUGAAUGCAUUAACUCAAUUUGGAUAUUAUGGUUUCUGUUUUCUUGAAGAUGUUGCUGUUGUAAUGCAUUAUGAUUUAAUUGGACACUAUAACUAGAAAUUUUAUUUCCACUCUCCUUUGCAUUUAUUUAUCUAUUUUUGUUGAUUGUUUGAUCAAAAGGAUUUAUCUCCUCCUUGGCAAGCCCCUUUUAAUUAGGUUUCAUUAACUGACCCCCUUUCAAUUAGUUCAGGACUUAGAGGGAGAGUGAGCCGUCCUGUACAACUUUUUUAGGGUGCGUUUGGUUGCGGGACAGACAUGACAUGGACGUCCCCUGUCGUCCUCUCUCGCCCCUCCAAUUUUGAGGGACAACUGAGGACAACAUUGAGAUAGUCUUGUUCCAACCCUGGACCCUAAACCAAACAAUCUUAUUUAAGGGAUCAUCUCAUCCCGUCCCGUCCUGUCAUUGUAACCAAACACACCCAGUGUGUCCUGAGUGGCCUUCUCAGAAUUUUUUUUGGUUACGGGGUGCGCAUAUCGAAUCUACCAAACUAGUUUACAUGAAUUACGAAUUAAUUAGCUUACCGAAUGAAUCAUAAUAGCCUUUUGGCGCAAGAACUUUACAAUGACACAUUCUAGAGUAAUUUUACCUGCAAUCUAGUUGCCAGAUCCCUUAGGGUUCGUUCGUUUGUCCAGGAAUGGACUCGGAAUCGUUCCAGCUAAUCAAAACUUAUAUAACUUAGAGAAGAAAUCCAGCUAGGAAUUGUUCCAGGCCUCCGUUCCGUGAAAACCGAACGGCACCUUAAUAGUCUCAAAUGGCAUCAAACAAAAUUUGCAGCAAGUUCUAUUCAGAAACUUUGGGUGCACAUUUGCGCCCACAUUCACAGUUUCUGAUUAGAAUGAAAGAUUUACCUACUACUUUUCUUACUAAACUGGCAUUUCAUCAGCUCCCUCUUUAGUUCUGUUUGGCCCAGCUCAAGCUUUAUUUCAAGCCAUUUUUUAACUUGCUGCCCACAGCAGCUGUUUUUCUUUUAUAGGAGUAGCUAGAUAAAAAUUGAUGGUGCUUUGAAUACUUAGCAUUUAUACUUCAUACCACUUUUCACCUGUGGGAUCCACCUGUCAGGAAGGAUUGUCACAAACAAUGAAGAGCUUUCUACCUAAGGGCUCAUCACCCACUGCUAACCGAUCAUCCUGCUGCUCACUGCCCUGAGCUUGCCACUCUCUGUCCUGAUCUUGAUACUCCCUGAAAGAAACACGGCACCAGGAUAUUAAAUUGCUUGCUUUGACCUCUAAGGUAGGGAUGUAAAUGGUCCAUGGAGAAGUUUGAGAUAGGAGGUGGGAUUAGUAAGGCUUCUGGAGAUAGCCUAAUUGGGUAGGGGCUGUAUUAAUAUAUAGCCAAGUACAUGGGCUGGGCCAAAGCCCAUUACAUUAGGAAUAGACACAUAGUCAUCUAACAAUUAUAAUUAUGGACUGGUUUUAAUAAGAUUUAAUCUUCCAGUAUGACAGAUCUGUGGUAAAUUUACGUGUAUUGAUAUCAUUGUCCUAGUUCUUCUCUUUAAAUUCAACGUAGGCAGGAAACAUAGUCUCGUUUCUGAAGUUCAAUCCUGUUUCUAUUCAUAGCUGAUGGAAGAUUUUUUCUACUUAUCUUCCCUUUUUCAUUCAGGAGUUUGUAGAAUUCGAUACUGACACAACAGCUUUGAAUAAAAGCAAGGAUGCACCACCGCCAAACAGUGGUAUGAUCAUAUCUGAUCUAUUGGACUUAAAAAUCACUUGCCUUCCUGAAAAUAAGGAAACAUCUUCAAGUUCCAUAACAAAGGAGCAAUAAUCUUCUGUGGAUACACUAAUAAAUUUAUCUGCUGCUAACCUAGAUUCAUUUUUUGUUGAAAGAAAAGAGAUGACUUCUUCUCUUCCGCAAACUCAUAAUGCGGAGCAGGAAAAGAAAAGAACUGAUAGCAAAAACCAUGAAUCUAGACUGGAGGUGCUUGCUGCAUCUAAAAGCUUAAUUAGUUCUCAAAGAACAAAUCAGAUUGAAGCUACUCCAGCAUUUGCAAGUUGGGAUGCUGAUUUUCAGUCUGCUAGUUCAGAAAGUGCUGCAAAAAAACUCCAAACAAACUGAUCUGUUUAAGAGCUCUUGUGUCCCCGAGUCUUUUAGUUUCCCAGCUUCAGAUACUGCCAUCAAACCUGUAGUAGGUACUGAAAAUAAAACAAAUACGAGAAGUGUCAUCCUAGAACAUCAUUCAGAAGAUUUGGCUUCAGCAAAUGGCACAUUAUUUGGUGAUGACCAUUCUAAUCAAAAGGUUGCCCAGCAUAUCUUUGAGAGCAACAUUGCUCCUGAGUCCACUGAAUCCCCUCUCAACAUGAAUUUGCUAAGAGCGAUCAGUUACAUGGAAGGGAAUAUACUGCAGUCAAUGAUGAUGAAGCUUUUGAUGAAUGGCAAGAAUUUACAGCAAGUGGUAAUCAGGACAGCCUAUCAAAUGCAGGAGAGAAUAUGGAGGAACCUUUAAGGGGAGAUUCGUCUGAAAAGGAUGUAAUAGAUCCUUGGCCAGUAGGCAACAAGGAAUCACCCAAUAAUGUUAUCGAAGACUCUAAUCAAUGGCAAGCUUUUGCUUCUAUGUCUGGUCAAGCAAGAGAUUUUGUGAUAUCUGUAGAGAGAUCAAGUGGUCACAGACUAAAUUUGGUGAGACCAGAUGUAGUUGAAGAGACAAUGAGCAGCAUCUCGCAUCAACAUUCUUCAGAAAUUAAUCCUGUUGAUCUGUGGCCUGUGGGCAAUGUUGAAGCACUAAACGCUGCAGAAAUGUUUAAGGAAACAAACGAUUAUUUUGGCGAUUGGCAAGAUUUUACUACCACUGGUCAGGUCCAGGACACUUCGCUGAAUCAAACUGGGGACAUGAUAGAGGUCCGAAAAGCCACUCACAAAGAAACAGACAUGGAUUCAUGGUUCAUUGGAAAUAUUAGGGAGCCAGCAAAUACUGGUACCAUGAAUGAAAAUAACAUGUUGGACAAUCGGCAAGGUUUCACUUGUUCAGAUCAAGCACAUCAAACUUCAUCUAGCCCCGGUGCCGAAAUGAUAAGUGUUCCAUUGGAGCUGCAUGAUGUAAGUGUUUCUGUCCAAUCAUGGGCAAAUGGCAGCAGCAAAGAUGCCGCAACACCAUCCUCAACAAAUAUAGAAAGCAACACAUUUAAUGUUAGGCAAGAUUUUGCUAAAUCAGGUCAUCUGCAAGAAAACAUUUCUAGUCUUGGGAGAGAAUUGAGUAGUGUGUCACCUGAACCAGUUGAAGAAAAUGAUUCCUUAGAUUUGUGGCUUACCAGCAACUUCAAGGAAUCUAAGUGCAGCGAUGUUGUUGGGAGAACUAAUGCCUCGUCGGAUGGGUGGCAGGAUUUUGCCAGUUUUGAUCAUGCUCAGAGCAGUACUAAAAUUCCUGUGGAAGGGCAUCUUAUAAAAAUCCUUCAGGGUCUGAAACUAUGGACUUAUGGGCCUCAAGUCAUGCUAAUGAAAAGAACCUUGAACAGAUAAGAGAAAAUAAUGAUCUAUUCGAUGACUGGCAAGAUUUCCAAAACUCUAGUCCACAGCAAACAACCUUACAAAUUUCUUCAGAUGCUGCACUAUUUGAUAUAACCUCAGCAGCAUGGCCUGAUGCUUUUGGAGGGCUGGAAUUUGGGGGUGCUUUGCAGUUAGCUGCAUCCGAAAAUCUAAAGGAUAAAAAGGAGGCUUCUAAUGAAGCAAAAACAUCUCCAUCUGAUGACCACUUGAAAAGCACAAACGGAAUGCAGCAGAUGGAUGAUGUUGAUUCGCUAUCUUCAUUAUGGCCAACUAAUAAACCAGACCCUGCAAAUACAAAUGUGGAACAGUUGCUUGCUCAGAUGCAUGACUUGUCCUUUAUGCUCAAAGAUGAACUUUCGGCCCCUGAUAAACUCAUCGAUCGUUCCAAAUCCUGAAGUGACAACAGCAAAAAAAUGUGUUCUAUUACUUUCAGACAAAGAAGAUCGUGGAUGGAAAUCCAACCUCUUGGGUGCUAGACGAAUUGCACCCAAUAUUCCUGAGCGGAAAAUGCAAAUCAAGACACAGAAAGCCUUUUUGUUCCAACAGUGUGCCUUUUAUCAGAGCAUUGGUCAACAGAUGAUUGUAUUUGUUUUAUCUGUUGCUUCGUUGCUUUGAUCAUCAGUCAGGUUGGUUCCUUGACUGUCCCUGAGUGAGGCUGAGAAUCAUGUUUUUGCCUCCACAUGUAUGUAAGGCCUGCGUGAUGUUCGGUGUCGAACCAAGCUCACCAUUCAAUGAAUUCCGUUUAAUGUUAUAAAAUUAAAUAUAAAAUAAUGAUAAAAAAGUUCAUAAUAUA